AUGAGGACGCCUCCUCUUCCAUCGCCGGCCGAGGCCCCUUCGCCCGUCGCCGCUCCCCAGUCUCACCACCAUGGCUCCUCCCAAUCAAUCCCCGGUUUAAUUACCUCUCAAAACGACGGCUAUACUGUGGAUGGAAAUGCGACACCGGACAACACGAUCUGGAUGGCUAACUCUCUCUCCCCCAUGUUGCAUGAACAGACCGCCAAUCCACAGCGCAUACCAUCACCCACGAAGCAGGAUACGGAUCCUGGCAAGAGAUCCCCCGAGGAUCAGGGGCGGAGUUCCCAGACGUUGAAGGAAUUACGGAGGCAGAUGGAGGAGCUGCUUGUAUACCAACAGAUGCAGCAACAGUCUCACGUCCAGGACUCGUCCCACCUCUCAUCAUCAAACGCAGAUCCGAUUUCUUCCAGCCCUCCCGAACCAACGAGGAAGCGGCGCAUCUCCAAUGUGUCAUCUCCGAAAGCCGCGCCCACAUCCGCAGGAGCAAUGCCUUCUACUUCAUGUUCCGACUCGACUGGCUCGGGUGGCACGAUAAGAGCACUGGAUUCGCCUACCGAGAACGUUCCCGGGCAGACACCAUCCUAUCCGUUCCCCAAGAUGCAGCCUCAACCUUCCGCCAAACCUCCGCAUCACUCCGGUUUCAAUCCAGGUGCCUUCAAGCUAACUCUCCCGACGGAGAAAUUGAAAAUUCAUAUGGCAUCAUCGCAGUAUCCUGAGGAACGACAUCCGACUCCCGUGAAGACUCCCACAUCGAGCAGCAUCUUCCUUCCCCCCCAACACAAGCCCGUGGCUGAAGAUCCCACCUAUCCUAGUCCCAACCUGUAUGACCUGACGCUACAACUGAAUGCGGACCCCGGUCUGGAUGCGUGGUGGGCCAAUGUCGUCCACAUUCUACAAGAGCAUUUUGGUGCAGAGAGAGCGUCGCUAGCGGUACCCGGCGACGCGACGGAUCUAGAGAAUGUCCCAUGGGGCCAGAAGGCAGUCUUCGAUCAGAAUGCACCAGAGUCGCCGGAUCUGCAGCAACGCCAUUUCCAACGGGGGACGGUCGCAACCCGGGGAGGUUCUCCGAAAGCCAGCAACGAUGCGUCGAAGAAGAGUGAACAAGCAAAUGGAUCGGGAGUAGCAGCGAAACGGCCGUCGCUUUUGUCACGGCAUUCGUUCGCAGGCUUCGGGAAAGAGAGAAAGGAGACUACCUGGAGCGGUUCGGAUGCCUCUCAGAAAACAAAGCCUGAGACAGAACGAAACGAAGCCUCCACUAGCGAAGCGGACCAUGCCACGCCGUAUACACAGUCAUUCGACCCCAUGAAUCCGGACUACCGCCAUAGGCAGCUUGUUUUCCCCGCAACCAGACCGCUGGAAGUGGAAGCGGACCCGUUAAUAAAGAGGACGGGCGUCGUGAAGCUUUUUGGACGUACGGGUCCCGUUGUGUUAACUCGGGAGUACUCCGAAAACCUGAGCGCAGCACCCAAGUCGGAAGACGAAGUGGUCCAAACCCCCGAAGACAAAGUCCAAGUAACACCAACAGCCGAGCCUUCACAUCCGAUUCCACCCGCCCAUGUUGCUCGUACAAGAUCCGUAUCCAAUCCUGUCAUGCCGGGCUCUCUUUCUUCGCAGCCCCCGUUGAUGGAGCUUUUCGAUGAAUACGAACAAGUACCUCCGUCUCCCUGGUCCCAGUCCCCGGCUCCUUCCCCGGCGCCCAGGGCACAUGCAGAACAAAACCCCUUUUUCGUCAGUCAUGCGGUGGAUGAGAGCGCGUUCGCGAAACAUCCCCCGCAUCAUGACUAUUCCAAUCUACGGCCCCUGGAGGCCAUCGGUGUCGACCUCGCAAAAUCCGUGGUCCAUAUCCCGCUCUUGCACGCUGGACGGUCUAAACCUACAUCAUCCUCCACCUUGAGAUUUCCCGUUGCUAUUAUCUCAAUCCUCUCUCCGAUAAUGCCCUACCCGGCCAACCUUAGGCAGUCGUUGGCCUACCUUAUGCCGCAUCUGACAACGUCCUUCUGCUUGGCUCAGCAAUACAGCCAGUUGGAGCGCCAGGUUGCCUCACGCCUCGAGGCUCCUCGUUACGGUCAUCUGCUUGGGUUAGGGGGAACAUUUUCUGACGAGAGCAGUGAGUUGGAACUAGUUGCUGGGCUCAGUGGACAUGUUAACUAUACCAUCGCUGAUGACGGUUCUUUGUCCGCACGAGCCAGUCUCUCCAGUCCUGAUGAACGAUCGAAUUCGACCAAGUUGAGUCCCUGCAUAUCUGGCUUUGGAACUCCCGGAAUCGACCUCACCAGUAUUGGAGCGGGUGCUCUUCAUAAUUCCACCGAAUCACCUGGGCUCGCUGUCAAGCUUGGUAAUGAUAGCGUGGACAGCUAUUUCAAUGUCCAACAGUCCAAGAGCUUCCGCGAAGCCAUAACGCGAAACCAUCGGCUUUCCAAGGCCAAGCAGAGUGCCACUUCUACACCCACAUCUCCCGGGAAACCAUGGGGCAAGCCUCCAGGAGAAGAGGAGGCAACCACUGCUGCUGUCGAUCAGAGUAUACCGGUGACAUCUCCGCUGCAAGAUUUAAGAGGUCCGUCGGUUAUAUCGCCGACGCAGAAUCCACCACGUCAUCCGUCGGCCAACUCGUUUUACGCCCAGCUGCCGCGGGAAUUGCCCCGCCCUUUUACCGACACGGUGGCGCAAUUGAUGCUGAACUCAGUUCCGUUACACCUCUUCCUCGCCAAGCCCCAGAGUGGAGAGGUAAUUUGGACGAACUCCAAGUUCGAUGCAUAUAGAAGAAGCCAGCCCCAGGAGCAGAAGCUACGCGAUCCAUGGCAGAACAUCCAUAGCAGCGAACGCGAACAUGUUUCCCAGGAGUGGGCAAAUGCCCUGCGGACGGGUUCGCAGUUCACCGAACGAGUCCGUGUCAGGCGCUUCAAUGAUGAGUCUGCCUACCGUUGGUUCAUCUUCCGAGCCAACCCUUUACUGUCCGCCACGGGAGAAGUGUUGUAUUGGAUUGGCUCGUUCUUGGAUGUCCAUGAGCAGCAUAUUGCUGAACUGAAAGCCACGCAGGAGCGAGAGAAGUUUGCGAUCGACGCCAAGUACCGCGCCUUUUCGAAUUCAAUCCCGCAAGUCGUGUUUGAGGCGACGGAGUACCGUGGCCUGAUAUUCGUAAACGAACAAUGGCAUCUCUACACGGGCCAGAAGUUAGAGGAAGCGCUCAAUUUUGGCUUUGCGAAACACGUCCAUCCUGAUGAUAUGGAGAAAUGUGGAUUGCUUUCAUUGUACCUUGCACAGUCCGAAAAGGAAGCCAUAUCAGAGACCGCCGAGAAAUUGACCGACCUGGUGACAACGGCGCCUAAGGAACGGCCUUUGAGCCACGGUGUUACUCCCGCACUGGAUGAACUUGUGAGGCGUGGAGUUGCUUCCUUACAAAAGGAUGAGAAUGGACGCGUUUUCUACUCGACAGAAAUCCGACUCCGCUCCAAAGGCGGUGACUUCAGAUGGCACCUUGUACGCUUGGUUCGAGUCGAGACUAGCAGCUUUGGAAGCGGAGAGGCUUCUUGGUAUGGAACGUGCACUGAUAUCAACGAUCGCAAGAACCUCGAGAGGGAGCUUAACAAAGCGAUGCAACAAUUGAACAACCAAAUGGAGUCGAAGACGAAGUUUUUCAGCAACAUGUCGCAUGAAAUUAGAACACCGCUGAACGGAAUCCUCGGGACCAUUCCUUUCAUUCUGGACACGCAACUGGACACCGACCAGAGACGAAUGCUUGAUACUAUCCAGAACAGUUCGACCAAUCUGCGAGAGUUGGUGGAUAAUAUCUUGGAUGUCUCGAGAGUUGAAGCAGGCAAGAUGUCUUUGGUCAACUCAUGGUUCCAUGUGCGGUCAGUCAUCGAAGAUGUGAUCGAUACGGUGGCCUCAAGGGCUAUCGACAAGGGUCUUGAGAUCAACUACUUGAUGGAUGUGGACGUUCCCCCAAUGGUGAUCGGUGAUAGAUUCCGCAUCAGACAAGUCCUCAUCAACCUCGUGGGUAACGCAGUCAAGUUCACUGCUCAAGGGGAGAUACACAUAUGCUGCUCUAUCUACCAUGAGCCUACUGCGGUCACUAAAGAAACGGAGUUGUUGUUGAACUUCGACGUCGUGGACACUGGGAAAGGAUUCAGUGCAAGAGAUGCCGAACGCUUGAUGCAAAGAUUCAGUCAACUUGGGCAGAAUGGCUCACAACAGCAUGCUGGCAGUGGACUGGGGUUGUUCCUGUCAAAGCAGCUGGUCGAGAUGCAUGGCGGUAAACUGACCCCAAGCAGUAAGGAAGGCCAGGGCGCCAAGUUCUCGUUCUACGUCAAAGUGGACGCUCCUCCACCACCAUCACCAGAUGAGCCCCGGCUUCCUCGACAUUCGUCAGCGGUAUCGGAAGCGUCUGGGUUGCCAUCCAAGUCCAGCUCUCUCCAGAAGUUGCUUUUCUCAUCGAGAGACUCUAUCGAUUCCAGGGCUCCAGGCACCCCAGAACUGGCAUCUGCUCUUGAGUCUCCACUUUCGCAGCCGCCAAGCACUUCUGAUCCUUCCGUGCGCUUUGCGUUAAAUAGCUUCUCCGAACGAUCUUCGAUGUCGUCCGCACUUCCCACGCCUGAACUCCAUGCGGUAGAUCCGCUAACCAAGGUGGAUAUGGCAAAACCGGCCGCCACUCAGACCGACAGCAACCCCGAGUCCCCUACUUCCACAAAGCCGCCGCCUUUGGAGCCAGGAGUUGACGCCUCUUCAUCACACCCUCCUUAUUCAAUCCUCAUCCUCUGCCCUCUGGAUAACACACGGAAAGCUAUUCAACAACACAUUGAACAAGUCGUACCUCUCGAGAUUCCCUUUUCCAUCACGACAAUCCCUGAUGUUGAAGACUGGAGGGAUUCGAUAAACGAUUCUUCUGCUAAGCCCACGCACCUGGUUCUGAAUCUGCCCAGCGUUGAUGACGUGUUGGAUGUGAUGCAGUAUGUUUCGGAGUGUGACCCAGGUUCCGCGCCCUCGCUCGUUGUCAUCUCGGACCUCUAUCAAAAGCGACAAAUCAACUCGAGAAUCAAAGAACUGUCGUCUAGUGGAAGGCGCGUCUACACGGUGCCCAAACCUGUGAAGCCUUCUGCGUUUUCGGCCAUUUUUGACCCCGACAACCGACGGGACCUGAGCAAGGAUCGAAACCAGGAUAUGGCUCGGGAGAUUAAUAACAAUUUCAAGACCAUGUCGAAGAUGGUCAAAGAGGUUAUUGGGAACAAAGGGUAUCGGAUACUUUUGGUUGAGGACGAUGAAACCAAUCGCAUGGUCAUGAUGAAGUACCUUGACAAGAUCAAGGUUAUGGCCGAAACAGCUGCGAAUGGUGAGGAAUGUACGGGCAUGGUGUUUUCGAAGGAACCGGGCUACUAUUCUCUCAUCAUUUGUGACAUCCAAAUGCCCGUGAAGAAUGGUUAUGACACUUGUCGCGAGAUUCGUGCCUGGGAAUUACGAAACCAUUACCCACAGAUCCCUAUCAUGGCUUUAUCCGCAAACGCCAUGACCGAUCAGAUCGAAGACGCCGCUCGCGCAGGUUUCAACGACUAUGUCACGAAGCCCAUCAAACACAAUGAGCUUGGCAAGAUGAUGAUGGGACUUCUGGACCCCAGCCGACCUUUACUCCUACUCCGGGACCGCCUGAAGGCUGAUCAAGAGGGCAUCCAUCGCGAAGAAUAG